AUGUUUAUUACUUGUUUGGAUACUGCUCUCAUACCAGAUACUUGGGAUCUUAAAAUUAAGAAUGAGUUCUUCAGAUUGAGGUUUGAAGUGGAAGGGGGGAAACAUGCUGUACCUUCUGAUGUUACUAUGUCAGAGGCUCCUGGUGAGGGUGGGGAUGAUGAUCCUAAGGCUCCGGAUAACCAGAAGAGGGAUGAGCUGGACAGAAAUAACAAGAGAACUAAGAAUGUGGGGGAGAAUGAUGCUAAUAAAAAUGGUUCUAGCACAUCACCAAAUGGGAUUGAUAAUACAGUGGGGAAGAAUGCUAUGAUACUGUCACAACCCCAAGCGAAUAGCGAAGUGGCUGACAAGGCAGGCGAGUGUAUGCCUAAGCCUAUUGUCAACCUAUCACCAUCUAUGCUUCAAACUUCAGCCAACCAGAUGGGGAGUAGAGCAGUGCAGAAGGGAGGUGUCGAGGCUGCUGUUACGUCGAUCGGAGGCGACAUACCGCGCGUGCAUGCGGCGGCUGCCCAGAUUCAUGCAGCCGUGAGCCGGGCCGUCACGGCGUCGGGUUCUCGAACCGCUGCUGCUGUUAGCCCGCCUUCGGCAUCAGCAGGCCAAGAUUCUGGCCGAGUUGGAGGGCAGCCUGGGAUGUAUGGCACCUGGUACUAUCUCUGA